GGUGCGGUAAAAAAAUCUAUAAAUACUCCUAGUCUUAAACAUUUUUCCAUAUCUCUUCUCUAACUCUUCCAAAAUCCUACUCUCUACUCUCUAAUUAUCUUCAUCUUCAUCUUCUCAAAUUUUCUUAUUCUCCAAUAUAUUAUAUAUCUACUUAUAAAGACAUAUAUUAGAUUUCUUAUCUACUUAUAUAGUUAUAUAUUAAUUAUCUAUUUAUAAAUACAUAUAUUAUAUUAUUUAUAUUUCUUAUCUACUUAAUCUCUAUUUAUUAUCUACUAAAUACAUACAAUUUAUAUCUACUUAGGCUAUGUUUGACACACAAAAGCCCCUAGCUUCUAGUUUUUCUAUUAUUUAAAAAGACCUUAAAAGACUCUAGUUGUGUGUUUGGCCCAAUAGUUUUUUAGAGAAGUCCAGAUCUUUUAAGAUUUUUUAUCAUAUGCUAGUUGGGGAAGCGUUUAAAAAGAAAAGAUCUUUUCCGUUCGUUUCUGAUUUCCUCGUAUAACCCUGCGCCCCCCUAUGCCGUUCUUCUCUAACGCAAUUGCUCCGUGCGUUUCAUCUUCCUCAUCUUGCUUAUACAACUCUUUCUUCAUAGCAAUCUCCAUAUGUGUUGAAGCUUCUCUGAUCCCCCCCGAUUUCCCUUUAUCAGAUGGUAUGGAAGAUGGUAGAUAUUCGGUUGAUAUGCGUAAUCUCGACCGCAACCGAACGAACGAGCUUGCGAGGAAGAGAUCCUGCAAAGGUAAAUCACAUAUCGGCUCUUCAUCUCAAAGCCGGGAUAAUUUUGAUACGGGUUACGCAAGGAUGGAUGAGGAUGCAAUGACCGAUGAACAACUAGAACAAGAAUUGCACCGACAUAAUAGCCGCUUUUUCCAAGACCAGCCGAUGACCAUUGACGAAGAAGAGCUCGAGGAUGACGAUGUGGAGGAAGUAAUUUCGAAGAUGCCACGACGCCGACACAAAGGAGGGUGGCGGCAGCCACGACGGUGACGAGCCUACCUCAUCCCAAACCGUACGAAAAAAAGUAAAUCUGAACUAAUGUUUCAUAAUUUUGAUAAGUGGAAGGACCCGAACACCGAGAAUUGGAACGCAACUUGCAAGUGGUGCAAAAAAAUUAUAGCUUGGGGAUUUCCGGCGGAUACGGAUCCGCCGCAAGGCAUCUUAAGGCCAAACACACAAUGGAGUCUGCAAAAUUAGGCGGCGGAACGGGGAAGCAAACUCAAAUAUCGAGGUUUGCAAAUAACCAACAAUCUUUUGGUAAUUUCUCACAAUGAUGCACAAAAUUUGACUGGUAUGGCUAACUUACUUGUUGGAGAAAAUUUGUCUUAUUUGUUUUCUGAAAGUCUUGCUUUCAAAGAUAUGUACAAACUUGUUUAAAUCCUCAAUAUAGAGGUUAUAGUCGCAAAACGGUUACGAAAGAAAUUGUAAGGUUUUAUGGUAUGGAAAAGGUAAGGUUACAAAAUUAUUUUACAAAUUUUGAUGGGCGUG